UCAUUCCAAAUCGGAUCGAAUUCAAUUCUCAGUGAUUCGAGCGGCGUCGAGGCAGCGCGUGCCGAAAGCGUAUUGUUUUCCAAAUUAUUUCCUAAAGUAUUUAAAUGGCUCAUAUGGGUGUCUCUAUAUAGACGAGAUUAAACAAUCGAAGAUAUCUUAUCAGUCCGCCGUUAUCGUCCAAAUACACUGUGUAUAAGAUAGUCGCCGGCUGCUUGGGACUCUAUCAGUUUCCACUUGCACUUGGACUUGAACGGAGCGAGCCAUGACACAAAACCGGAGCACUUGGAUUGGUUGCAGUUUGGGCGGCCUCUUGGUCGCCCUAUUGGCCCUGCAAUCGAUGCCCCACGGCACGGAGGGAGCCAACAUCCUGGGCGUCUUCACCAGCCACAGUCCGUCGCAUUUCAUCGUGCACAUGUCCAUCAUGAAGGCGCUGGCCGAGAAGGGUCACAACGUGACCGUCGUCUCCUCUGUCCCGCCCAAAGUCACCCACAAGAGCAUUAAGCACAUUGUGAUUCCAAUGAGUGCCGAGGAUGAGAAAGUGCUCAAUGAUGGUAUGGCUGGGAUGGCCAAGGACAAGCCCUCGAUCUGGAACACCAUGAAAUCGAUCUUUAGCUCGCUAGCCCUGCUCGUUGAUAAGCAGGUGGACGUUUUGGAGGAUCAGAGCUUUCAGGAGCUCUACCUGAACAAGGGCAACAAGUUUGACGUGGUCUUCGUGGGAUUCUUCUUUAACACGUACCAAGUGGCGUUGGGUGCCCAGUUUAAUUGCCCCGUUAUCGUUUCCUGGUCGGGCCCACCAAUGAUGAUGGUCAACGAGGUGCUGGGUAAUCCCGAGCUGUCCAGUGUUCCCCAAAUGCAUAUAUCCGCGCCCCCCGGACAGCCUAUGAAUUUCCAGCAGCGAAUGCAGAACUUUGCCAGCACCUUGGGAUUCAAUGCUCUCAACAUCUUCCUCAACCACAAAUACAACAAGUUCUAUGAUCGCCUUUGGGGCCAGGACAAGUCAAUACCCGCUUUUGAGCAGGUCAAGAAGAACGUCUCCCUGGCGUUUGUCAAUAGCCAUGGCAUCAGCGAAGGUCCCAUCCGUCCGAAUGUGCCUGGGGUAAUUGAAAUUGGAGGCAUCCAGGUGAAGAGCAAGCCAGAUCCCCUGCCAGAGGACAUAAAGGAGUUCUUGGAGAAAGGAAAGCAGGGAGCCAUCCUCUUUAGCUUGGGUUCCAACUUAAAGGGCGAACAUAUCCAGCCCGAGGUGGUGCAAACCAUAUUCAAGGGAUUGAGCAGUCUUAAGCAGCAGGUGAUCUGGAAGUGGGAGGAUCCCAAGAACACGCCCGGCAAGGCGGCCAACAUACUCUACAAGAAGUGGCUGCCCCAGGACGAUAUCCUGGCCCAUCCCAAGAUCAAGCUGUUCAUCACCCAUGCGGGCAAGGGAGGCGUGGCCGAGGCCCAGUAUCAUGGAGUGCCCAUGCUGGCGCUACCCGUCUUUGCCGAUCAGCCGGGAAAUGCCGAUAGGCUGGUGGCCAGUGGAUAUGGCCUGCAGCUGCCGUUGGCCACCCUGGAUGUGGACGAGUUUAAGGCAUCCAUCAAGGAGGUCAUCGAUAAUCCCAAAUACGCAAAGACAUUGAAGAGCUUCUCACAGCUCUACCGCGAUCGACCUUUGAGUCCUCAUGAGUCGGUGGUCUACUGGACGGAGUACGUGAUCCGCCAUCAUGGUGCCGCCCACAUGCAGAGUCCUUUGGUUCACAUGAACUUCAUUGCCAGCAAUAAUGUGGACAUUUAUAUCAUUGCCGCCCUGGUGCUCUACAUCGUCUUCAUUAUCAACAAGAUCGUAUGGAAAUUUGUGUGGCGUAAAUUAUUUGGCAAAUCGAACAAAGCUUCUCAGAAGAAGAAGGUGAAGAAGCAGUAGUUUGUAAAUAAAAAACUUUUAUAUAAAUAAAAAAAAAAUUAAGACCACAAA